UUUCUGUAGGGGUCUGGAUUGGAGUUACAGAAGACCGGACCCUACCUCGUAUGAUUGGACUCUAAAGGGGGACAAAAAAGAACUUCUCUUGCCUCAAAGAGUCUACAUGUCUAAUAUUUAGACAUGUUCAGCUUUGUGGAUAUUCGGUUGGCGCUGUUGCUUAGCGCAACAGUGCUGUUGGCAAGAGGACAAGGCGAGGACGAUCGCACGGGCGUGAGCUGCACGUUGGACGGUCAAGUCUACAAUGACAGGGACGUCUGGAAACCCGAACCAUGCCAAAUCUGCGUGUGCGACAGCGGCACCGUUAUGUGCGAUGAAGUCAUCUGCGAAGAAGUUGUCGACUGCCCCAAUCCAGUGAUCCCACACGACGAGUGCUGCCCUAUUUGCCCCGACGACGGUCAAGGCCAGGGAACCGUUGAGGGACCCCGUGGACCCAAGGGAGACAGAGGCCCCGCCGGUUACCCCGGAAACGAUGGCAUCCCCGGCCAGCCCGGCCUUCCCGGACCCCCAGGCCCACCUGGACCUCCCGGCCUCGGCGGAAACUUUGCUCCUCAGAUGUCUGGUGGAUUCGAUGAUAAGUCUGGCGGUAUGCCCAUCCCUGGCCCAAUGGGCCCAAUGGGUCCCCGUGGUCCCCCUGGACCUCCCGGUAACAGCGGACCUCAGGGUUUCACUGGCCCCCCUGGUGAGCCUGGCGAGGCUGGUGCUCCUGGUUCCAUGGGUCCCCGUGGUGCUGCUGGCCCCCCUGGCAAGAACGGAGAGGAUGGUGAGCCUGGCAAACCUGGUCGUGGUGGUGAGCGUGGACCCACUGGCCCUCAGGGAGCUCGUGGAUUCCCCGGAACCCCUGGACUUCCUGGAAUCAAGGGACACAGAGGAUUCAGCGGUCUUGAUGGAGCCAAGGGAGACUCUGGCCCUGCUGGACCUAAGGGAGAGGGUGGUGCAGCUGGAGAGAACGGAACCCCCGGAGCAAUGGGCCCACGUGGUCUGCCUGGCGAGAGAGGCCGUAGCGGUCCCUCUGGAGCUGCUGGUGCUCGUGGUAACGAUGGUGCUGCUGGUGCUGCUGGUCCUCCUGGCCCAACUGGUCCCGCUGGUCCUCCCGGUUUCCCCGGUGGCCCUGGAGCCAAGGGAGAGGGUGGCCCUCAGGGAGCCCGUGGAGGUGAGGGACCUGCUGGAGCUCGUGGUGAGCCUGGAAACCCCGGACCUGCUGGCCCUGCCGGACCUUCUGGAAACAACGGAGCUGAUGGUAAUGCCGGUGCCAAGGGUGCCCCUGGUGCUGCUGGUGUUGCUGGAGCUCCUGGCUUCCCCGGACCUCGUGGUCCCCCCGGAGCCGCUGGUGCACAAGGUGCCCCAGGACCCAAGGGAAACACUGGUGAGGCUGGUGCCCCCGGAGCUAAGGGAGAGCAUGGUGCCAAGGGAGAGGGUGGCGCUCCUGGAGUCCAGGGACCCCCCGGAUCUGCUGGUGAGGAGGGCAAGAGAGGAGCUCGUGGUGAGCCCGGUGCUAUUGGAUCUCGUGGAGCCCCUGGAGAGCGCGGUGCCCCCGGAAGCCGUGGUUUCCCUGGUGCUGAUGGAUCUGCUGGCCCCAAGGGAGCCACUGGUGAGCGUGGUGGCCCUGGAGUUGUUGGACCUAAGGGUUCUUCUGGUGAGUCUGGCCGCAACGGCGAGCCUGGAAUGCCCGGAUCCAAGGGUAUGACUGGCAGCCCAGGUAGCCCUGGACCCGACGGAAAGCUGGGACCAUCUGGUGCCCCUGGACAAGAUGGCCGCCCCGGACCCCCAGGCCCAGUUGGAGCCAGAGGUCAGCCUGGUGUCAUGGGAUUCCCCGGACCCAAGGGUGCUGCUGGUGAGGGUGGCAAGCCUGGAGAGAGAGGAGUGCAGGGAGCAGUUGGCGCCGUUGGUGCCACUGGCAAAGACGGUGAUGUUGGUGCUCCUGGUGCCCCCGGCCCCUCAGGUCCUUCUGGAGAGAGAGGUGAGCAGGGAGCUGCUGGUCCCCCCGGAUUCCAGGGACUCCCAGGACCCCAGGGUGCCAUGGGUGAGCCUGGCAAGGCUGGCGAGCAGGGUCUUCCUGGUGAGGCUGGCGCUGUUGGACCCUCUGGAUCCAGAGGCGACAGAGGAUUCCCCGGUGAGCGUGGUGCCAACGGACCCGCUGGCCCUGCUGGUCCUCGUGGUGCUCCCGGAUCUGGUGGUAACGAUGGUGCUAAGGGUGAUAUUGGCGCUCCAGGUGCCCCUGGCGCCGGAGGAGCCCCCGGACUGCAGGGAAUGCCCGGCGAGCGCGGUGCUGCUGGUCUCCCCGGACUUAAGGGCGAGAGAGGUGAGCAUGGUGCCAAGGGACCCGAUGGUGUAACUGGUAAGGAUGGCGCCCGUGGUAUGACCGGACCUAUUGGACCCCCUGGCCCUGCUGGUGCCCCUGGUGACAAGGGUGAGGGUGGUGCUUCUGGACCUGCUGGACCUACUGGUGCUCGUGGACCCCCUGGUGAGCGUGGAGAGUCUGGUCCUCCCGGACCUGCUGGAUUCGCUGGACCUCCCGGUGCUGAUGGUCAGCCAGGUGGCAAGGGAGAGUCUGGUGACACUGGUUCCAAGGGUGAUGCUGGAUCUCCCGGACCUGCCGGAGCUACUGGUGCCCCUGGACCUCAGGGUCCCGUUGGUGCUACUGGAUCUAAGGGUGCCCGUGGUGCUGCUGGACCUCCCGGUGCUACUGGAUUCCCCGGUGCUGUCGGUAGAGUUGGACCUCCCGGCCCCUCUGGAAACAACGGCCCAGCUGGACCUCCCGGACCUGCUGGCAAGGAAGGACCCAAGGGUAACCGUGGUGACACCGGACCUGCUGGUCGCCCUGGCGAGCUUGGUGCUGCUGGUCCCCCUGGCCCAUCUGGAGAGAAGGGAGCCCCUGGUGGUGACGGACCCAAUGGAGCCCCAGGUAUCCCCGGACCUCAGGGUCUUGCUGGAAGCCGUGGUAUUGUUGGUCUUCCUGGACAGAGAGGCGAGCGUGGUUUCCCUGGUCUUCCUGGAGCAAUUGGAGAGCUCGGCAAACAGGGAGCUGGUGGACCUAGCGGUGAGCGUGGACCUCCCGGACCCAUGGGACCUGCAGGACUUGCUGGACCCCCUGGCGAGGCUGGUCGUGAGGGUGCCCCUGGAAACGAGGGAGCUGCUGGACGUGAUGGUGCCGCUGGCCCCAAGGGAGAGCGCGGUGAGACCGGUGUUUCCGGAGCUCCUGGUGCCCCUGGACCCCCUGGUGCUCCUGGACCCGUUGGACCUGCUGGCAAGACUGGUGACCGUGGAGAGUCUGGCCCUGCUGGUCCUGCUGGUGCUGCUGGCCCCGGUGGUCCUCGCGGACCUUCUGGACCUGCUGGUGCUCGUGGAGACAAGGGAGAGGCCGGCGAGGCUGGAGAGAGAGGCAUGAAGGGACACAGAGGAUUCACUGGCAUGCAGGGACCCCCUGGAUCUCCUGGAUCUUCUGGUGAGGCCGGACCUGCUGGUGCUUCUGGACCCGCUGGACCAAGAGGACCUUCUGGAUCUGCUGGAUCCGCUGGUAAGGAUGGCAUGAGCGGUCUGCCUGGACCAAUUGGACCCCCUGGACCUCGUGGUCGCACUGGUGAACUUGGACCCGCUGGUCCCCCCGGACCUCCUGGACCCCCUGGACCUCCUGGUGCCCCCGGUGGUGGAUUCGACCUCGGCUUCAUUGCCCAGCCACAAGAGAAGGCUCCCGAUCCCUUCCGUUUCCGUGCCGACGAUGCCAACGUGAUGCGCGACCGCGACCUGGAGGUUGACACCACCCUCAAGUCCCUGAGCCAGCAGAUCGAGAGCAUCCGCAGCCCCGAUGGCACCAAGAAGAACCCAGCCCGCACUUGCCGCGACCUGAAGAUGUGCCACCCAGACUGGAAGAGCGGCGAGUACUGGAUCGACCCCGACCAGGGCUGCACUCAGGAUUCCAUCAAGGUUUACUGCAACAUGGAGACUGGCGAGACCUGCGUCUACCCAUCUGUGGCCGACGUUCCCAAGAAGAACUGGUACACAAGCAAGAACAUCAAGGAGAAGAAGCACGUCUGGUUCAGCGAGUCCAUGUCCGAGGGCUUCCAGUUCGAGUAUGGCAGUGAGGGAUCCAAGCCUGAGGAUGUCAACAUUCAGCUCACCUUCCUCCGCCUCAUGGCCACUGAGGCCUCCCAGAACAUCACAUACCACUGCAAGAACAGCAUUGCCUACAUGGAUCAGCAAACAGGCAAUCUUAAGAAGGCUCUGCUCCUGCAAGGCUCCAACGAGAUCGAGGUCAGAGCCGAGGGCAACAGCCGCUUCACAUACAGCGUGGUCGAGGACAGCUGCACGUCGCACACUGGUGCAUGGGGCAAGACAGUCAUCGACUACAAGACAACGAAAACAUCCCGUCUGCCUAUUAUUGACAUCGCUCCUAUGGACGUUGGUGCACCCGAUCAGGAAUUUGGCAUUGAAAUUGGCCCAGUCUGCUUCUUGUAAAAAAGAAAUCUGGACUUGAAAUUGUUUGUGUGUUUGUGUGUGUGUUUUUUCUAGCAGUCAUCUCUCUAAAUCCUUUUCCUAUGCAUUAAAAUACCCCUCAAGUUUGAUUUGGCUGUCAGAAUGGUCCACUUGCUUAAAACUGCGCUUCUGAAGACAGUGGUCGUGUGUUAUCGAGAUUUUUUUUUUCCUGGGACCACUAUGUCAUGAACACCUACACCGAGGACACUUUAGAAGACUCAUUUGUUUCACUGGCAACAAGAAAAUAAUUUAUACUUGUAAAGCGUAAAAUCUCCCCCCUGGAAUUAAAACAUCAGAUACAGGUGACUUUUUUUACCACUGCGGAAGGACAAUGAAAAAAAGAAAAAACAAUGCUUUGUACCAUGUUCAGGUGUUAAAUAAAUAUGGAAAACGACUGUAAAGUGUCUUGUUGUUCUACCCUCCAGGACAAGCAACCACCAAAGGAAAAUACCAUUGUUCUGUCGAGUCACAUGGCAAGCAUCCGUAGAGACAGGGGUUCAACUUCAUUUUGAAAUCUAAUGGCUACCUCAGACAAGAAAUCAACUUUACCCAGUAUUAGACAACGCCAGGGUAGAUUUUACACGAUGCAAGUAUGAUUGAAAGGAGCAGAUAACAGCUGUGUUGGUGCUAUAUGAGGCCUUGUUAGUGGGAUGUAUUAGAAUUCUGCUUUUGGAAGUGAUGUUUUGUUAACAUUCUUGCUUACAGGGCCUUUGGUGCUAAGAAACCAAAUGAUCUUGCUGUUCAGUUGUAACAGAUGCCAUCUUUUUAAAGUUUGUGCUUAACUUGAGCCUUGGUUAGGGGUAAAAACUACAGCUGUGAUGCACACAGUCUUUGUUAGUGUAGAAUAAGCAGGUGGAUUUGUCAAACCUAUUUUGUUUUGUUUUGUUUCAAACACCUUUUUUGACACUUUUUGGUUGUUGUCUUUUGUUUUUCUUUUUCAUCCCCUCUUUAUGUUGUCCAAUUGCCUUUGGCAAUUACCCUUUAGCCCUUUUGUAUUUCUUUUCUUUUGUUUUUGACAAAAGUUUUAGGAAAAUGAGAACAGGAACAAACUGAGAAAGUCCAACUAUCAUGAGAGAAGCAGACACACCAUAGGGGGAUAAAAAAAACUCAAGAGGAUCUGUACCUAUUUUGUAUAUGUAUAAUAAUUUGAGAUGUUUUUAAUUAUUUUGGAUGCUGAAAUAAAGCAUGUUAAGUGGUCGACCUUA